AUGCAAAUCGCGGACGGCGGGUUCACGCCCAUCAACGUCCCCAAACGACCCCUGACGCCGACCUCCUCUGUUGCAAUCUCUUCGCCGCUCAAGCGACUGGCCGUCGAUGCCUCCAUAGGAUCAAACGUCUUCGACCAGCAUUGCCCUCCGCCAGACCUUGUGCAGACUCCGCCGAGUCCGUCCGAAGCAGCUGUCGAGAUACCUGAGACACCAUCAACCACAUCAGCAUUCUCUGCUACGCAUGUUACUGCGGUCGAGUCGGAGGCUGCAGACUUCUGGAUGAACCAAUUCGUAAAUCUAGACAAAGUAGGAGGCGAGGGUUUCGUUCCGGUCACAGAGCUACCUGGUCAAUAUCAUGGUACCGCAUCUGAGACUUUGUCUAAUGUAGAUGGAGUUCCUCUUAAGCCGUUUCCUGAACUUAACGUCGAUCUCCUUGCGCAAAGCUCGCCAAAGAGUGAAGACACCAUCGAAGACACAUAUGGCCUUGAAGAACUUGACGAAGAAGAGCUGGCCCAGCUAUUUGAAGAUACCGGAGACAAAGCUCCUUGCAUCCCAUCGUCAAGUAUCAUACAGAGGAUGGCCCGCGAUUCAAGAUCAGCCUCAAGUUUCGACUCCAAAUUGCAGUUCUCCGAGCCCGAUACGGGCAAAUUUGAAGCUUCCAAAGCCGAUUUGGCUGGACCUGAUCUUCUCGACGAAGACGUUGACUGGGAUCUUGUCACAGAAUGCGCGGCAAACGCGGCCGAUGUGUCUCCGGAUCACAACGCCAAGUCGAGUGUUGAAAGUAAGCCCAAGGAAGCAGCGAAAGCACCAUCGAGUCUGGCACCCUUCGUCAGACCCCCUUUCCCCGCCAAAACGAGAGACCGCUCUGUGGUCUUCGGGCUCUCUUCAGCGAUGAUGAUGCGCACUUGCUUCAGGAUUGGGGAGCUUCUCAAUGCCCAUGCCAAAUGUAACCGAGAGAAGCAGGAUGUCAUCUUGGAGCUUUUUGCGAAGGUGGUCUAUGCCAAUCGGGAGAACAUGGCCAAAGUGCAACAUUUCCAGCUGCAGGAUCUCUUCACUGGCCGGCAGCCGUUUCUAAGUGGCGCAUUCAAGGGCUGGAAGAGCGGUGGUCCUAUGGAUGACCAGAUCAAGGUAUUUUUGGGACCCGACGGAAAAAACAAGUUGUGUCGAUGUGUUUGCAAGCUAUCAGAUGACAAGAAAGCCACCACUCGCCGCUCAGCAACGAUUUUAUCGAUCAGGGAGACGACUUGGGAUGAGAUUCAGUGGGCUAUGAGAAUCGUUGCAAGAGAUGGCAAGUCAGAUAAUGACAUUGAUAACGAGGGGAUGACGUCUCAGAUGAUCUAA